AUGUCGUUGAAGGCAAUCUCAUCUAAGGAUGCUGCUGCCCUGGACAAAGACCUGAUGGAGGUCGGUGGCUGGUCUCUAGACCAGUUGAUGGAACUAGCAGGGCUCUCUGUCGCACAAGCCGUAUGGAAAGUCCACCCUCCAAGCGCAGGCAAAAACAUCCUGGUCGUCUGCGGACCAGGUAACAAUGGAGGAGAUGGCCUCGUAGCAGCGCGCCACCUAGCACACUUCGGCUACAACCCAUCAGUAUACUACCCAAAACAAGGCAAAAACGAACUCUACGAACGCCUGAAAACCCAACUCCAAAACCUGUUCAUCCCAUUCAUAACCGACUUCCCCCCAGCCCUGCAGCAAACAGACUUCCUAGUCGAUUCAAUCUUCGGCUUCUCCUUCGGCGGACCACUACGCGAACCAUUCGGUGAUAUCGUCUCACAGAUUGAAUCCGCCAGCGUGCCCGUGCUAAGCGUUGAUGCGCCCAGUUCGUGGGAUAUCCAGAGUGGGCCGCCGAAGGAGGGUCCCGGUGCGAAGUUCAUGCCUGGUUCGCUUAUUAGUUUGACUGCGCCGAAGCCUUGUGUGCAGUUUUAUCGGGGACGGCAUUUUAUUGGGGGGAGGUUUUUGACGAGGGGACUAGCUGACAAGUAUGGGCUUGAUUUGCCGGGGUAUCAGGGUGUUGAGCAGGUUUUGGAGGUCGGGGUUGAUGCUGAGGGGAAGUUGUAA